AUGGGCAAACCCUUUCCCAUCGAACGCGUUCGACUUUCCCUUGGGCGAUUCGCUUCUUGGUGGAUAGUGUUUGUGUCCGCAUGGAGGGCGGCAUGUCAUUCUAGUGAGAGCGAUCAGAGUAGAUGGAGGGGCCACGGCAGAGAGCCGUGGAAGUUUGAAGAUCUGAUGUGGAUGUGGGAUUGA